AUGGAUAGAUUGGAUGCCAACAAGUAUUUGCAUCCAAUUCUUCUAACGUAUGUUAAAAAACAUGUCUCAGAGAUUGAUAAAGCGUUGCAAAGAAUCAAAGUCAUUGAAGACACUGUCAUACGAGACAAAGCCAUCAAAUUCUUGUUAUACAUCAUAAACAUAAACACGCUUUUGGACGAAGCGAUGGGCACUUACGACAGCCAACUCUUUCUUAUGAUUGCAUCGAAAUCGCAAAAAGAUCCCAAAGAAUAUUUGGCUCUUUUGGACCAAUUAAACCAAAUUGAAUGCUUUGAAUACAAGUGCUUUAAAAUCGAUAUGCAUUUAAAACGAUAUAAGAAAGCGUUAACUCAUAUCUCAAAACUUGACGACCACUUUGAGGAGUGUCUGGGAGUCAUCCGAGAGCACAGUCUUUAUAGAGAUGCUGUGGUUUUGUUUGACACCGAAUGCGAUGAUAAGAAAGACAGGUGGCAAUUGGAGUGCNACAGUCUUUAUAGAGAUGCUGUGGUUUUGUUUGACACCGAAUGCGAUGAUAAGAAAGACAGGGUUUGGAAAUUAUACGCCGAAUACCUUUUCAAUAAGAGAUACUUUGAAGAGUCGGCCAUUGCUUACAAAAGAGGCCACGAUUUUGUGAAUGCGGUGAAAGCAUAUCAAUUAAGUGGCAAUUGGAGUGCAGCCAUCGAUUGUGUCUAUCACUGCUCUCAUGUGAUUAACGCCAAAACUGUGGCUCAAAAUCUGGCCAAACAUUUAGCUACGAUUGGCAAACACUUUGAGGCCUCAUAUCUGCUGGAAGUAUACGCCGAAGAUAUAAAUGAAAGCAUCAGAACUCUGAUUGAUGGCCACGAAUGGGAACACACGAGUCGACUACUGACUCGAUCACCAAAUGAAGAACUUCUCGCUUAUUUGAAGACCGAAUUGCAACGACAUUACGAAUUGGCUUUGGAUAUGAUUACAAAGAAUUACGAUAUAUUAAUCAAACACAUGAAUCGAUUGGAAAUCGUUUACCAAAAGAAGUCACAAAAAUCACAAGAGUUUCAAAAAUAUGACAAUUUUGACGACAAAUCGGAGAUAUAUUCUGAAACAAGUGGUUUAAGUGAUUCGCAUAGAAGUAGUCAAAAGUCGACUUCGAGUUCACUCGCGACCCGAAAAAGUCGAAAGAGUGUCAAAAAGAGUGAAAUGAAGAAAUACGUGCUUAAAGAAGGAUCCGCUGACGAAGACAUUCAACUCAUUUACGCCAUCAAUGAAUUGAUCAAAACUAUAGACCGAACGCAAGAAGAAGUUUCUCUUCUCAUCAAAACUCUCUAUAAUUACUAUUAUUCCGACGAAGCGCUCAAAAUUCAACACGAAUUUCAUAUUUUAUUGAAUUUAAUAAAUAAUAUAAUUAAAGAAAUUUGGACUCAAAAUGAAUUGCAAGACCAGUCGGAAGAGUGGACACAAAAAUACAAAAUAACCGAUCCGCAACUCAUGAGAGCACCGGAAUUGAGGAAAAUAGACUGGAAAUUGGCACUCAUUUGAAAUAUUUAUCCAUAAAUGAAUAUAACAUUGAAAUGAUUUUGAAUAAUAUUUGCAAUAUUUUAUAUACAAUAAGUUAUACAUGUAUAUUUUAAUAAUUACAUAUUUUUAAAAAUA